AUGGGAAAGAUCAUCUUCUACGAGGACAGGAACUUUCAGGGCCGCUCCUAUGAGUGCAGCUCUGACUGUUCUGAUCUUCAAUCUUUUUUCAAGCGCUGCAACUCCAUUCGUGUGGAGAAUGGUAACUGGAUGCUGUAUGAGCACCCCAACUAUACUGGACACCAGUACUUUCUGAGGAGAGGAGAAUAUCCUGACUUCCAGCAGUGGCUAGGCUUCAAUGACUCCAUCAGGUCUUGCCGUAUCAUCCCUCAGCAAUGUGGUUCCUACAGAAUAAGGAUCUAUGAAAGGGAAGACUUCAGAGGGGAGAGUAUCGAAUUUGUAGAUGACUGCCCCUCAGUCUACGACCGUUUUAAGAAUCAUGACAUCUACUCUUGCAUUGUCAAUGAUGGCCACUGGGUUUUUUAUGAGCUGCCCAACUACAAGGGACGCCAGUUUUACUUGAGACCAGGUGAAUACAGAAGACAUACUGACUGGGGCUCUGUUAAUGCCAGGGUAGGCUCCUUCAGACAUGUCAGGGAAAAUUAUUAA